AACCCUGCCACUCCACUGACGACUCCCUUGUUCCGGGUCAUUCCCGUUCAUGGAUUCUCCGGCGCGCCUCCUCUUCCUCUUCUCCUUCCUCUGUUGCUCCCCUCUCUUCUUCCAUGCCGGCGCCUCAGCCGUCCCCCGCUCCAAGCAUGACGCUGAGCUUGACGCCCUCUUCCGCCUCCGCAAAUCUCUCGCCGUCGCCGACUGGCCAGAUAGGUGCGACCCCUGCUCCUGCUGGACCGGCCUCAACUGCAGCUCCGACGGCACUGUUUCUAUCAAUCUGACCUCUGUUCGUCGAAGUCACCGCGACCGGUCAGGAGCGGCCGUCGACUACGACUUCAACGGACUCAGUAACCUCACCUCCUUCGACGCCUCCGGCUUCCCGCUCACCGGUCCCAUCCCUGCUGCCCUCGGCGACUCCAAUUCCCUCACCUUCCUCUCCCUCGCCCGGACCGGAGCCUACGGCAGCAUCCCAGAGGGCCUUUCCCGGCUCAGCCAGCUCACCGUCCUCGACCUCUCCGGCAACUCCCUCGACGGGACGAUCCCGCCGGGGCUCAGCAAGCUCCAGAAACUCCAAACGCUGAACUUAUCCAACAACAGACUUUCCGGUACAGUCUCAUCGGAGCUCGGCGGCCUCUCCUCCCUCGUCUCCCUCGAUCUCAGCUUCAACUCACUCUCCGACGGUGUGCCGGAGGACCUCUUCUCGGGGCUCUCGGAGCUGCGCUCCAUCAAAUUGGACCACAACGACUUCUCAUCGGAUCUCCCUAAAUCUAUUUUGAAUCUGACUAAGUUGGUACUCCUCGAUGUCUCUAACAACAAUCUCACCGGCAAACUUCCAGUCGACGAUGAGGUCGGCAGCGGCAACACUAAUGGCCAAGGCGGCGUCUUUAACCUGUCUCACAAUCUAUUCUACGGAUCGAUUCCUGCUGAAUUCCAAGGGAUACUUGUCCGAAGAUUCAGCGAGGUGGAUCUCUCCAGCAAUUAUUUCGAAGGGAGAGAAUUCGCCGGCCAUCUCAAUGCUUCGUGGAAUUGUUUUAUUUUUGCACAGAAACAGAGGCCGCCGACUGAGUGCAAUAGCUUCUACACGGAAAGAGGCUCCGCCGUCGAUUCACUGACUGCUUCCGGCAGCAAAAGGACAUGGAAUCGGUGGUAUUCAUUGGUGGCUGCUAUAUUUUGUAGUCUGGCUGUCACCGUUGUCUUUCUCAUUCUUAUGCUCUGCGUCAGUAGACGCAGAGCUCGUUUGAACGCUACCGCCGGCAGCGGCAGCCUCCCUCCGCCUUCCGGAGUAGCAGACCCGCCAUCAUCUUCUUCUGCAACUCCCGGCGACGGUUUCAGCUACGACCAGUUACUAAAGGCCACGUCGGGUUUCAGCGCAGCUAAGCUCAUCAAGAACGGCCACUCCGGCGACCUUUACCACGGCGUGCUGGAAGAUGGAAAAGAAAUUGUGGUGAAGAGAAUCGACCUGCAAUUCGCGCGAGGAGAAUCCUAUUUGGCCGAACUGAACUUGCUCGACUCUGUUUCCGGCGCCGCCCGAUUGGUUCCGUUCCUCGGCAGCUGCUCGGAGAAGGAAAACGUGAAGCUUCUCGUCUACGAGUACAUGAAGAACGGCGAUCUCACAGCUGCUCUGUACAGGAAAUCCGAGGUCGAGGGCGACGAUUCACGGACACUAGACUGGAUAAAGAGGCUCAAGAUUGCGAUCGGCGUCGCAGAGGGACUCUGUUUUCUGCAUCACGACAGCAAUCCUCCACUGGUCCACAGGGAUAUCGAAGCGAGCAGCAUCCUUCUCGAUGAUAAGUACGAGGUCCGGUUGGGGAGUCUCGGCGAAGUGUGCGCGCAGCAAUUCGACGUCCGCCAGAACGUGCUCGCCAGAAUCCUGAGACCAUCGCAGAGUUCCAAUCGAGGGGUGUCGGGCUCUUCCACCGCGACUUGCGCCUUCGACAUAUACUGCAUGGGGAAGGUGCUUCUCGAGAUCAUCACCGGAAAGCCGGGGAUCAGCGGCUCCGACAGCGCCGCCACGAACAAGUGGCUGAAGCAGACGGCGGCGUGCAUCGGCAUCAUGGAGAAGGAGAUGGUGGCGAAGAUCGUGGACCCGCGGCUGGUGGUGGACGACGACCACAUGGAGGAGGUGUGGGCGGUGGCGGUGGUGGCGAAGGCGUGCCUGGACCCGCGGCCGGCCAAGCGACCACUGGCGAGGCACGUGCUGAAGGCGCUGGAGAGCCCGUUGAAGGUGGUGAGGGAAGUGAACCAGCCGAGCUUUUCUUCUUCCCGGGGCUCGUGGCAGAGCGCGUUGAUCGGCGGGUGGCUGCACAGCGUCUCCAGCGUCGCCUCCCUCGGGCCGGUGGGGGAAGAGGGGCUGAAAUCCAGGUCUCCUGUGAGUAACGAAGCGGAUACGGACAUCGUGUGAAAAGGAAUUUGAAUUCCUUGCGCCGAUGGCAAGGUCAACUUCGUCGUCAUUGGUCGCCGGCGCCGGGGAUUGGCAUCCUGAGUAGCGAUGAUAAUCGAUUGCCGUGAAGAUAUAGUUAUUGUCUAUUUUUGUA